AUGCGUCCUGCAAUAUCACCACAUAAAAGACUUUCGGCAACUUUAAGAUUUUUGGCGACUGGAAGAAACUAUGAAGAUUUAAAGUUUUCUACUAUCAUCUCCCCCCAAGCAUUAGGCAAAAUAAUACCUGAAACUUGUGGUGCUAUUUAUUCAGUUCUUCGUGAGGAAUAUUUGAAAGGAGCACUCUAUAUACUACACCUUAUUGCCUUUGCUACAGCUGGAGUUAUCAGCCCUGUAUCAGAGAUAAUAGAAGGCCCAAGUUCCAAAACAACUGUGGUUGGUCCUGAUGGCAGCGUUAUAACUGCGGUUGCCCAAGGUGCAAAAAUUGUAGCAAAUGGAGAAACAGCUAUUGUAUCGGGACCUGAUACCGCAGCUGUUCUAAAGUCAGCAGAUGAACCAGCUGUACUCGAAACUAAAGUUCAACCAGUCGCGUUGGUUAAGUCACCCAUCGCUAUACCCGUUAUUGCAUCAAAAAGUGGUAUAUUGGAGCACGGACAAUUGGUAACUGACGAAAACAAUGUUUUAGUAAACGCACAUAUUGCCCCUGUAGCAGUUCACAGUUCUGCAAUAUUAGGAGCAAAAACCUCUUUAGUCAGUGGACACCUUCAACCCGUAAUAGGUGCACCUGUAGUAGCCACAAAAUCGCAGCCUAUUAUAGCUUACCAAUCUGGAAUUGUUGCUUCCAAAACUACGGAAUCCGAACAAUCACAAUCCAUUGUACAUCCUGCAACAUUACCAAAAACGACUUACGUAGAAUCAGCAAUUCCUAUUCAUGUUCCACUCGUAAAGACAAAUGCCGCUUUCAUCAGACCAGAACCUAUUAUCGCUAGUCAAGUUUCGCCUUUAGUAAGUGCUCAUAUUGCUCCUGCUGUCCAUUUUAAUUUAGAACCCUUAGCUGCAGUGGCUCCCUUAGUACACGAGAAGGCAACAAUUUUUCAUCACGCACAACCAGCUAUUCUUCCUGCUGUUCCGGUAGUUGAAACCAAAGCAGCUGUCACAGCUAAAGAACUGUCGCCCGUUGCAUCUGUUGUUGGUACCAAAACUACUAUUACAGGACAAGAACAAUCGAUUAUUCACCCUGGAACUAUACUAAAAUCUCAACCAAUUGUAGCUGUGAAAUCAGUACCAGUACUAGCUGAACAUAUCCAAUCUGUUCCUGUAGUAGCUGCACAACAUGUUCCUGUCAUAGGUACAAAAACUACUCUUUCAGAAAACGCCCAAACAGUAGUAUCACAUUCUUGGUAA